AGCGGGUGCGUGAAGCGCCUAAACUUCUAACCAAGGUAAUCUAGACUCUGGCAACGUGAGAGACCGCUUCUCUUUUACGAUUCUCUUGCGACUCUGCAACCAUGGGAAAACCUCACGGUAUUCGUACUGCACGUAAAUACGUCAACCACCGUCGUGAACAAAGGUGGAAUGAUAAGGACUACAAGAAAGCCCAUUUGGGUACUCGCUGGAAGGCCAAUCCCUUCGGAGGAGCUUCCCACGCUAAGGGAAUCGUCCUUGAGAAAGUUGGUGUUGAAGCCAAACAGCCCAAUUCUGCCAUCCGAAAGUGUGUCAGAGUACAGCUUAUUAAAAAUGGCAAGAAAAUCACGGCGUUCGUACCUCGUGACGGUUGCUUAAACAGCAUUGAAGAGAACGACGAAGUUUUGGUCGCAGGAUUCGGUCGUAAAGGUCACGCCGUUGGUGACAUUCCCGGUGUCAGAUUCAAGGUUGUCAAGGUUGCCAAUGUUUCCUUGUUGGCUUUGUAUAAGGAGAAGAAAGAACGACCAAGGUCGUAAAUAAAGUUUCAAAAAUUUAAAUAAAUUUUUUAACUUAAUUA